UGGAUGUCAGGCAUGCACGGUGACAAAGGAAACCGAAUGUAAUAAAUCUAUAAAUAGAUUAAUGAACCACUAAAAAAAAAAAAAAAAAAAAUCAGGAUGAAUACCAACACAUCCCGAUGCCACUGGAGAGAGGUGUCGCUCGUGCGCUGGACAGUUCCUGACGUCACUCCGCCCACCUUAUAAAGUCACACACCUGGCGAAACAAAACACCGACACACGCGCACAGAGAGAGAGACAGAGAGAGAGAGAGAGAGAGAGAGAGAGAGAGAGAGAGAGAGAGAGAGAGGGCAGAAGCAGUAUAGAGGGCAACUCAUUUUAAAACCUGCAUUAUAAAACACCUCUUUUAUGAAUCUGGCCAGUUUCUCCUACUUCUCGUGCAGCAUGUCUCCGGCGGAGUCGCAGUCCACGAGCCCGGCGGCGGCGGCAGCUGUGUCUCCGCAGGUGAGCUUGGACUCACCGUCACUGAUCCAUCAACAUCUGCAUCUUCAUCAUCAAUCAGGCGCUAAGGACGCUGUUCCUGUGAAACCGGAACCGCGAGAAGGCAGCCCCCGGGCCGAGCUGGAGGAAGUGGUUUCGGCUGGUCAACCUGCCGGCAGCCGGCGGAGGAAGAGGCCCGUGCAGCGCGGGAAACCUCCGUACAGCUACAUCGCACUCAUUGCCAUGGCCAUCGCCAACUCACCGGAGAGGAAGCUCACGCUGGGGGGCAUUUACCGCUUCAUCACGGAGCGCUUUCCGUUCUACCGCGAGAACUCGCGCAAGUGGCAGAACUCCAUCCGGCACAACCUGACGCUCAACGACUGCUUCGUGAAGAUCCCACGGGAGCCCGGGAGGCCCGGCAAGGGCAACUACUGGACGCUCGACCCCGCCGCUGAGGACAUGUUCGACAACGGCAGCUUUCUGCGCAGGAGGAAGCGCUUUAAGCGCUCGGACGUCACCACGUAUCCAGCGUACGCUCAGAGCGCGGGCGCGUUCGCGUUCACCCCGAGCCCCGCGUCGCGGCAGCCGUAUCCCAACGCCUUGUACCCGUCCGUGACCUCGGGCUACAGCGGCUCUCCGUUACCCGGCUCUCCUCACGGGGCCGUGCUGCAUCCCUAUCAGCCGUCGGCGGGGGUCGCUCACGCGCAACUUCAAGGACAAGGCCGGAUGUUCAGCAUCGACAACAUCAUCAGCCAGCAGUCCGUCGCUCCCAGCGGCCCCGGAGCCGAACUUCACGUCGGGCUCGGUUCUGGAGAUCUGACCUCGAUGAGCGCGAGCUGCUCGGCGUUACCCGCCACUGACCCAACCAGCUUCCAGACUCAGUCUCUCAACCACACGAAUUUGCUGAGCCGAAAUAGCGGCUCCAUGGCGCCUGCCUUCUCAUCCUCAGCCUCUCCUCCGCACCUGACCUCUGCCACGCCGCCCGGUUUCUCUCCCGGCAGCUACUGCACCGGAAGCCGUAUGUCGCGGCCCGGCUCGUGCGCCGAGUACACCGAACAGCUUCUGGGACUCACGGGAACGAAUUUGAACUCGUACAACAAUUCGUACGCGCGACAAGCAAACUUCGCAUCCGGGCUCGAGCGCUACAUGUGACCCACAUAUCCUACACGUCAAGACAGAAUAAAUAUGUUUGUAAAAGUUAUUUUUAAAUGGAAUUGUGUCGCUAUAACUGUAUUGUUAGGGCCAUUUUUUCUUUCUUUCUAAAAUUGGAUGCAUUUGGGAUCUGGGGAUGAGUGCAUAUUGUAAACAAAUAACACAUUUAACAUUAUAACUAGUCUAAAUAAUAAUAAAGUAUACUUUUCCUUGUUCCUCAAGAGUACACCUUUUGUACCUUUAAUAUUUAUCUUUGACUUGGAAAUGUCGAUAUACUGUACCUUUAAAAUGAUUAAGGUAGACCUACUUAUGUGGUUUUUGUUGUUGUUGUUGUUGUUGUUGCGUAAAGCUUUAAAAGCAGCCACCUUUCCAGGUAAAAGAUAUAACACUAAAGGUACAAAAGGUGUACCCUUGAUGGUACCACCCCAAGCCACAAGCACAGGUACGGUUUAGUACCACUUUUCUCUGAAAGUGUGAUUGUGUUCACUCUGUUUCCUCAUACAUGUCAUUAGCAGUAUGCUAAUUUCUGUCAUAUCUCUACUGACUGACCAAAGCUGCCGUCAGAUUUGUACUUUAAUCCUCUGAACUUCUUUCUGAACUCAAAUCAUUAAAAAGUUCACCGUUUCUAAAAACCAAAAUAAAAAUAUUCUUCUUCUUAUUAUUUAUUUUUGACUGUAGUGACCAAAAUCCUCUCAGAAAACGCUACACCAAGGAAACGGGAGUUAGCAUGAGCAAGUCUUGCUAGUCAGUCUCUAUUUCUUUAAUAGUCUAUUUAUACAGAGGUUGUAUACUACUUAAUGUUUCCAUGGGCUUUAAUUUAAAAAUCUACACUUUAUUUUGAACAUUAGAUAAUGUUGGUGUGUAGCUUGCUAAGCUAAUAAACUCAUGCGAUCUAUGUCUGAUUUGCGUUGCAUUUUUGACUG